AUGGAACAUAAGCUUGGUAGAAUUCAAGAACUUAUAAAUGAAAUCAAAGUUCUAAGGGAAGUAAAUAGCACUUUACAUAGACAGAUCAACUCGUUGCAAUCACAAGUAUAUGAUAAAGAAUAUGAAAUAGGGAGUUUAAACACAAAAAUCGAUAGACUGCAGUCAAGCAUUGGUUUUUUAGAAGCUGAAAGAACAGGAAUCCAGAAAAAAAUGGAUAAUAAAGUAAAAAAUCUUGAAAAUGAGAUUAGAAAAAACGGAAUAUUUAAUCAAAGAGUAAUGGCAACAUCAAGGACAAAAAAAGAAUACUUAAUGAUACAAGAAAUGGAUUCAUUGAGAAAAGUAAAUAGAAUAUUAUUGGGGUUUGUUGAAAUAUUAAGCAAAACUUUUGCCUUUGACAGCGACCUUUUAAAGACUUUGGUAAGUGUUGCCGAAGGAGUGGAUGAUAGGAUAUUACAGCUAUUUUUGGAUGGAUUAAAACAAAGAAUAAAAGAGGAAGGUAUACCUGUAAAUGUAAUAGAGGCUAAUGAUCAGAUAUCCAAAGCCAACUAG